AUGGACGUGUCAGAACUCUGCAUCCCGGACCCCCUCGGCUAUCACAACCAGCUGCUCAACAGAAUGUCCGCGGACGACAGGCACCUGGGCUCCAGCUGCGGCUCCUUCAUCAAGACAGAGCCGUCCAGCCCGUCCUCGGGCAUCGACGCUCUCAGCCACCACAGCCCCAGCGGCUCGUCCGACGCCAGCGGGGGCUUCGGGCUGGCCCUGGGCGCCCACGCCAAUGGUCUGGACUCGCCGCCCAUGUUCGCAGGCGCCGGGCUGGGCAGCACCCCGUGCCGCAAGGGCUACGAAGACUGUGCCGGCGGCCUCAUGGACGACUCGGCCAUCAAGUGCGAGUACAUGCUCAACGCCAUCCCCAAGCGCCUGUGCCUCGUGUGCGGGGACAUCGCCUCCGGCUACCACUACGGCGUGGCCUCCUGCGAGGCCUGCAAGGCCUUCUUCAAGAGGACCAUCCAAGGGAACAUCGAGUACAGCUGCCCGGCCACCAACGAGUGUGAGAUCACGAAACGGAGGCGCAAGUCCUGCCAGGCCUGCCGCUUCAUGAAAUGCCUCAAAGUGGGGAUGCUGAAGGAAGGUGUGCGCCUUGACCGAGUGCGUGGAGGCCGCCAGAAAUACAAGCGACGGCUGGACUCUGAGAGCAGCCCCUACCUGAGCUUACAGAUUUCUCCACCCGCUAAAAAGCCAUUGACCAAGAUUGUCUCCUACCUGCUGGUGGCCGAGCCGGACAAGCUCUACGCCAUGCCUCCCCCUGGCAUGCCUGAAGGCGACAUCAAGGCCCUGACCACUCUUUGUGACCUGGCAGACAGGGAGCUCGUGGUCAUCAUUGGCUGGGCCAAGCACAUCCCAGGCUUCUCGAACCUCUCUCUCGGGGACCAGAUGAGCCUGCUGCAGAGCGCCUGGAUGGAGAUCCUCAUUCUGGGCAUCGUGUACCGCUCGCUGCCCUACGAUGACAAGCUGGUGUACGCCGAGGACUACAUCAUGGACGAGGAGCACUCCCGCCUUGCAGGGCUGCUGGAGCUCUACCGGGCCAUCCUGCAGCUGGUGCGCAGGUACAAGAAGCUCAAGGUGGAGAAGGAGGAGUUCGUGACGCUCAAGGCCCUGGCUCUGGCCAACUCAGAUUCCAUGUACAUCGAGGACGUGGAGGCGGUGCAGAAGCUGCAAGACCUGCUGCACGAGGCGCUGCAGGACUACGAGCUGGGCCAGCGCCACGAGGAGCCGCGCAGGACGGGCAAGCUGCUGCUGACGCUGCCCCUGCUGCGGCAGACGGCUGCCAAGGCCGUGCAGCACUUCUACAGCAUCAAGCUGCAGGGCAAGGUGCCCAUGCACAAACUCUUCCUGGAGAUGCUGGAGGCCAAGGUCUGAGGGCCCGGCACGUGGACCGACUCCCGCCCGCGCACAGACCCACCGACGCGGAGACCUGCAUGGCCACCGGCCUCGACCUUCAAGCCCUGUAUCAUGGCCACGAGCAGUCCCAGAGGAGGGGGUUUCUCGCCGCC